CGAUGCUGCUCCUGAUGGCGGCGGCGACGGCGACGGCGGCGGGCGGGAGAGGUGGCGGGGUUCGGCGGCGGCGCAUCCUCGUGGACACGGACGUCGACACGGACGACGUCUUCGCCAUCCUCUACCUGCUCAAGCAGGACCGCUCCGAGUUCGACCUCAAGGCUAUCACUAUCAGUGCAAACUCUUGGGCUGAUGCUGGCCAUGCUGUUAACCAUGUGUAUGAUCUACUCUACAUGAUGGGGCGAGAUGACAUAGCAGUUGGUGUCGGAGGGGACGGUGGUAUAUCAGAUGAUGGUAGGGUUUAUCCCGAUGUUGGUGGUUAUUUCGCGAUAAUUGAGCAGGAAAUGUCAACAGUGGGGGGUUGUCGGUACCGACAAACGAUUCCGCAGGGGGGAAAUGGCCGGUUGGAUGUCAACACAAAUUAUGGAAUCAGACGAGCAUUUCUGCCUCAGGGCAACCGGAGAUACUUCCCUGUUCAACAACCAACUACGCAACAGAUGAUGAUUGACACCAUAUCUGCCGGGCCAACGACCGCCUUCCUAAUGGGGACACACACGAACUUUGCACUUUUCCUCAUGAGCAACCCACAUCUGAAGAAAAAUGUGGAGCACAUUUACAUGAUGGGUGGUGGUGUACGAUCACACAAUCCCACUGGCUGCUGCCCCAAGAGCAGCAUCUCGUGUGUGCGUCAACAAUGUGAAGAUCACGGUAACAUGUUUACGGCUUACACCAAAGAUCCGUAUGCUGAGUUCAACAUAUUUGGGGAUCCUUUUGCUGCAUAUCAGGUGUUUCAUUCUGGUAUUCCUAUCACCCUUGUGCCUCUUGAUGCAACUAACACUAUACCAAUCACUGAGAACUUCUUUAGGGCCUUUGAGCAAAAGCAGAGCACUUAUGAGGCGAAGUACUGCUUCCAAUCUCUGAAGAUUGCUCGGGAUACUUGGUUCGACAAUCAAUUCUACACAAAUUACUUUAUGUGGGAUUCCUUCAUGACUGGUGUGGCACUCUCGAUUAUGCGCAAUGGUGAGAGGCCAGAUGGUGAGAAUGAUUUUGCUGAGAUGGAAGUGAUGAACAUAACUGUUGUUACAUCUAAUGAACCAUAUGGUGUUCGUGAUGGAUCAAAUCCAUUCUUCGAUGGACGUGCGAGGCCAAAAUUCAACUUACUGGAGGGUGGUGUACAUAGUGGUCAUGUUCUGACUGGACUAAACGAUCCAUUUUGUGUUAUGAAGGGGAGCAUUAAAGGGAAAUGCCAGGAUGGAUACACAAAAGAAGUGCAAGGUCCUGACUCGGUUGCAGCACUUGUUGCGAUGAAGGCAAAAUCUAAUAGAAAUGCAAGCAGUCCUCUUGAUAGAGAGUUUUUCAACAACUUCCUUGAGGUUAUGAAUCGUCCUGCAUGCUCUGGCCGCUUCAACUUCACCAACCAGUUCCCCCACUAUAAAGAGGUUAUGUACAAACCUGACUUCAGAAAUCGGAUUAGAGGAAUGCCUGUCAUAUUCGACAUGGACAUGAGUCCAGGUGAUUUUAUUGCUCUCUUGUGCCUCCUGAAAGCAAAUAUAGAAGCAAUUGACCUCAAGGGGAUACUGGUAAGUGGCAAUGGCUGGUCAAAUCCUGCAACAAUAGAUGUUAUCUAUGAUGUUCUUCAUAUGAUGGGUCGCGAUGACAUUCCAGUAGGACUUGGUAGUAUCACUGCAUUAGGAGCCCCUGAGCUUGGCUGUGAAUACGUCAAGGCCAUACCACAUGGUUCUGGGGGUGGUCUUGACGCUGACACACUUUUUGGACUAGCCCGGAUGUUGCCCAGAAGCCCCAGAAGGUACACAGCAGAAAAAUCAAUGAAAUAUGGGACUCCAAGGGACACUGCUCACCCUGAGAUGAGACAACCAUUGGCGUUCGAAGUUUGGCAACAAGUUAUAGCAGAGCUUGGACCAACUGAGAAGAUAACCGUCCUGACAAAUGGUCCUCUCACAAACAUCGCUAACAUCAUUUUAUCCGACACAAAGGCAAAAUCAAUGAUUGAGAAAGUUUAUAUAGUCGGCACUCAUUUGGUUGAUGGCGAAGGAGAAGAAGGCAAUCUAUUUACUGUGCCAUCAAAUAAGUUUGCUGAGUUCAAUUUCUUUCUUGACCCUAAAUCUGCCAAGACAGUUGUAGAAUCUGGCUUAGACAUCACUGUCAUUCCUCUGAGAGCUCAGCGCCAGGUGUCUUCUUUCGGAAAAGUCCUAAGAUCACUACGCGGAGCUGAAAAGACUCCUGAAUCGUCAUUUGUGUACCGGUUGCUGCUGUUGAUGAAGAAGCUGCAAAAGAACCACCAGGCGUACAGUCACAUUGAUAUGUUCCUUGGGGAGGUCCUUGGCUCGAUGUUCCUGGUUCAGCAGUCGCAUCUAAAUUACUCGAUCACUGAAAAGGCCAUCAGUGUUGGCUCCGGUCAUGUCAGCAUGGAUGGCCAAACUAUUCUUGACGAGACAAAUGGAAAGCUAGUGAAGGUAUUAGAUCGUCUCCAUUCAGACACUUAUUACACAGAGCUUGCGAAGCUGGUUGCUACCAAGAAGCAGUCUGCUCUUGUUGGCAGUUUUGAUGAGCAGAAAAGAAUGUGGAGCAAAGCAAACUACAAAGGCCGUGACGAUCCCGGGUUUGUUAAAUAGCAUAGCACAUGUGGGAAGGAGUAGCUCCUAUAUAUUUUUUUUAGUGCUGCGCUGAAGUUGUACCUCCUUCGGAGGAACCUGGGCUCGCUUUGGUCGAUAUUAAUGGUGCUUCAGGGUCAAAACUCAAAAGCCCUGAAAUUCUAAAAUGGAAAAGAUAACUUCAAGAUGAGCAGUAGUGUAACAAAAUUUACUAA